UUAAUAUAUUUACUUUAUCUUGGUUUGUGUUGCACAUAAGGAAGAGCAAGAAAAUAAACUACACAUUAGGUACCAUAAGGAAUACAUUAUGCUUGUCUAUUUGUAUGUAUGAGUUCUUGUGGGAAACACUUUGGGAGGGUCAUUUUUCAAAAUAUAAAUAAAAAAUACAUAAUUAUAUAUUCCUUUUCUGCGUUUAUAUACAAAAAAAUGUUGAAAAAGUAGAUUUAUUGAAGAACUACGUGGACUAAAAUGUAUGAAAUUUCAUAAAACCUGUUUAUUGUUUCAAAACCCCAGUGAUUGGUUAUUUAUAAUAAUUCAGUUAAAAAUCAAAGCCCCACCAAUCCUGUGACUCAUGGGAGGUGGUCUCUAACUUUAAAAGGUUGGAUACUUCCUCUCAUCGAGCACACUUUACUAAACUCUUUACGAGGAACAUUACCAGCUCAAAAACGGAAAUAGAGGACCAGAUGGAGGGGAGAAGACAGGAGGACAGUGGUGCUCUAAUUUCUGAGCGAACAGGGUCUUUGGGAAGGGUUGAACUGUCUAUCGUCAUCCUCGCUACAUUCUUCACAGUUCUACUUUUCCCCUUUACAAUCUGGUUCUGUUUCAAGAUUGUUCAGGAGUACGAGCGAGCCGUCAUCUUCAGGCUGGGCCGCAUCGUAGACAAGAAACCCAAAGGACCAGGAAUAUUCUUUGUUAUACCAUGGACUGACUCCUUGGUUAAAGUGGAUCUACGAACCGUUUCAUUUGACAUUCCACCGCAAGAGAUUCUAACUAAAGAUUCAGUCACUGUUUGUGUGGAUGGAGUAGUGUACUUCCGGGUCAGUGACCCCAUCGCUUCGGUGGCCAACGUGUCUAAUGCUGACUUUUCCACCCGACUGCUGGCACAAACCACCCUCAGAAACGUCCUGGGUACCAAGAGUCUCGCUGAGGUCUUGUCUGAUCGUGAAGGUAUUGCUCACAGCAUGCAGUCCAAUCUGGAUGAAGCCACAGACAACUGGGGAAUUAAGGUGGAGCGCGUGGAGAUAAAAGAUGCUAAGCUUCCUCAUCAGCUGCAGAGAGCCAUGGCUGCAGAAGCAGAGGCAGCCCGAGAGGCCAGAGCAAAGGUGAUUGCAGCAGAGGGUGAGAUGAACGCAUCCCGCGCCCUAAAGGAGGCGUCCCUCGUCAUUGCAGAGUCUCCAUCAGCUCUGCAGCUUCGUUACUUGCAGACUCUCAACACCAUUGCAGCAGAGAAGAACUCCACCAUUAUCUUCCCAUUGCCCAUGGAUGUCAUGGCUCACUUUAUGCGGAAGUGAAGUUGCUGCCUCACAAAGGUCAAGUGUUCUGGAUAAGAUAGAAUCAUUGUAAAUUUCUGUGCCAUGUUGAGACUUAAAACUCAGGCCAAUCCCAGGAUGUGGGUCAGGCAAGCCUAUCCAUGAAUCAUGUCCCCCAGGAAAGGUUGUUACUGUAUCAUUUGAGAUUCGCACCCAAUCACUUUGUAUCCUAAAAUAGCUCAAAUUAGACAUUAGAACUCUAAUUGAGAGGUAACAUCAUAGCAAAAAUUCUACUUUCACUCCUGGUUAUAUUUUGUUGAUGAUUGAUUAAUGGACAUAAACCAUCAAUAUUGGGGCUUUGUACUUUUUAAGGUGAA